AUGGAAUAACAACUUAAUCAACUAUCUUGGAAGGUUUAGCAAAAUCCUAAAGAAUUGGAUUUAUCAUAUUGCGUUUUUUUAUAGGACUUAGAAUUCAUUACUUAUUUAAAAUCUCCUCAAGCAAAAUAAAUGCAAUCAUUAAAUUUAUCACAUACUCUAUUAUCCGACGCGUCUCUUUUACAAUUAAGUUUCUUAAACUCGAAAUCUUUGAAGUUUUUGAAUUUAAGUUAUUGUGUAAACUUUACAGAAGGUGCAAUUGUCAAUUUAUUAAACUCUGAUACUAUCGUGAAUAUAGAAGUUCUUGACUUAUCAGGUAAUCAAUUAUCUGAUGUCUGUUUAAAAUUUGUAUUAUAACCAAAUAAAAUGAAAUACUUAGCAUCUGUUGUAUUAAACGAUAUUAAAAAAGGACAACAAGGGUUUUCAUACAAGUUUUUUGAAAUACUCUCUUAAACCAAUCUCAAUAAAAGUUUAUUAAACCUUAGUGUAGGCAACUCCUUUGUCUAACCUGAUCAACUAUAAAUGACUAAGGCAUAAACAAUAAUGAAUACCUUUUUUAAUCGAAUUAUGAAAGAAGAUCACACUUACUUUUAUUAAUUAAGUUUGAAGAGCACAUCAAUUUAAACCCUAACACUGUUUAAAUGUGAGUUACUCACUAAUAAAUUUAUUAAGAUGCUGUGUAGGAAUAUUAUAUUUCUAAGUUCCAUCAAAGUCUUAAAUAUUGGACACUGCAAAUUAUUGACUGAUAAAAUUUGUUAUUAUUUGUCAGAAGCAGGUGCAUCUGUGUAAAGAUUAGUAGAUUUAGAAUUAUUGGGUUUGAACUUAACAUCAGAUGGUUUGGACAAAAUAAUCAAAAGCAAAUCCCUAAAACUAAACCAUCUUGGAUUAGCUAUGUGUGAGGAUAUUCAAUGCGAUGCAAUCAAAACAUUAAUGGAUUCUAAAUUUGGUAAAAUGUUGACCUCUUUAGAAUUAUCUGGAUCUUACUCAUAAAAAAGUCAAAUUGUUGGAAUGUUUUCAUAAGAGCAGAUCAUUUGGAAAGAUUUUAGUCUUAAAACUUUAUAUAUAGAGCUCUUUUUAGACUAAGGGUGUUAUUACCAACAUGUAGGGAAACAAUAGCUUUAAUUUCAAAAAUAAUAGCAACUUAAUCAAAAUUUAACUCAAUUAGACCCUUAUUAUAAGACAUUCUUUGAGACUCAUAUGUAUGCAAUCAUAGACUAAAUCAUAUUCAUAAAAAAAAUCAAAGUUGUUUUAAAAGUCUAAUACACUGAUGAAGAUUUAAUAGCUUAAUAUUUGACUAAUUUUAUAGAAUAAAAUAAUCUUUUAGAUAAUUUAUUAACGAAUGAUAAUUAAUUAUUUGUUAACAACCUUUGCAUCUUAUCAUACGUUUUAUAAUCGAUAACAAAGGCUUCAGCAAAAAUAUAUGAUGUGGAAGAAAAAAAAUUAAUAAAAUAAUCAAAUUUCAAUUAUUCAGAUUAACUAUUUAGACCCCAUAGAAAAAGAAAAAAUUAAUGUUUCUUAAAUAAGAAAUUUGGUAUUAAUGAAGCAAGAUUUGUUAAGAGAUGA